AUGACUGUCAACGAAGCCAAGGAAAAACUGCAAGAUGCUCCAGAGGGCACUUUCCUAGUAAGGGACAGCUCACAUACGGACUACCUCUUGACCAUCUCUGUAAAGACCUCUGCAGGACCAACAAACCUGCGCAUUGAGUAUCGAGAGGGGAAAUUCAGGUUAGACUCUGUUGUUUGCGUACGCUCAAGAUUAAAACAGUUCGAUAGUGUUGUUCAUCUUAUUGAGUAUUAUGUUCUGUUGUCAAAAAACAAGAAAAUAGAAAAUGAAACUCUUCCUAACAGGACAGUACAUCUUUGGCUUGUAAAGCCACUGUACACCUCUACUCCAUCUUUACAGCAUCUAUGUAGAAUGACUGUCAACAAAUGCACAAAGAAGGUCCAGGAACUGCCAUUGCCAAUGAGACUAAAGGAAUAUAUCACAGAGUACCGUUACCAUGUAUAG